GGUUUUGUUUACAUCACCUGCGAAUAUCGUUCAGUGGAGAUUCCCCUUAGCUAGUUGCACCGGUAAACAUCAACACCCAGGAGUGUUGAUGUAAUUAUUUUCCGUUUAUUUAGUUAACGUAGGUUAGUGAAAGAUGCAGAAGGAAAUACAAGAUCUCGUGGAGAAGUCGUUGAAGAAGGCGAGAAGGCUAAGGGCAGCAGGGAAUUACGGACACGCUUAUGCACACUACACCGCUGUCGUCGAGCUAGCACCAGAGAAGAGGGCUGAUGUUGAGCAGGAGUUCACUGAUGUCUUGUGCAAGUGGGGAAUGGAUUUAGAAAAAGUCGACUUUGAGAAGAUGGUCUUGUGCUACACUAGAUCACUAGAAAUCUUUCCUGAUAAUCCACGAAUGCUGAAUAAUUGUGCUGCACAUUACAUAAGGAAAGAAUCUCCCCGAGAGGCUCUUCCCUACCUCAACCGCGCCCUCUCCUCAGCCCCAGACUUCCUCCCCGCCGAAUGGAACCGCAACUACGCGUACAAUCUUCUGAUAGACCGAUGGCACUUCCCAAUGCUGAACGACCGCAACCGUAACACCUGCUACGAGCGAGCGAUCUCCAAUCGCAUCAGCCAAGGGUACAACACAGUUCUGGACAUCGGAACAGGAAGUGGUCUCCUCUCCCUGUACGCAAAAGACUCGGGGUCGGAGCGGGUCUACGCCUGCGAGCUCUCCACGGAGAUGUCCUUCAUCGCCGAUAAAGUUUUCUCAACGAAUAACAGCACUGAUAUCACACUCCUUCCUCAGCAUUCCACUUCCAUUGAAAUUCCUCGAGACAUUCCACAGAAAGUGAAGCUCGUCGUAACCGAGACGUUCGACGUAGCUCUCUUUGGUGAAUUCGUCCUGUCGACUCUGAUCCACGCCCACGAGCACCUGCUCUCAGCCGAUGGUAUAGUCCUCCCGAUGGGAGCGACGGUUUUCGCAGCGGCUGUAGAAAGUCCCCAGAUUCGCUUCAUGUCCCAUGUCACCCCGGCAGCCAAAUCCGACUUGACCCUCAACUUCGCCGGCAUUAACAUCUGCGCGGACAACAAGAACUACGAGGCCAUCAGUCUCAGGGAAGACAAGACACUCUACCUGACGGACCCCGUGGAAAUUCUCCAGGUGAAUUUCAAUGAUCUCUCUGAACUAAAAGAACUCCACACCGACGGCACGAAGAACGUGUCUUGGGUGAAGGUGCGCAAAGAUGGACGGAUUGACGGACUUGUGGUCUGGUUCAAGCUGGACCUUGACGAGGAGAAUACACUGGAUACCUCUGAGGAGGACUCCUGCUGGCAGCUAGCAGUUUUCGCCGAUAAACCAGUCAAGUGUUCGAUUGGACAGGACUUGAAGAUCACAACUGAGCUGUGGCGGGAGCAGCUGCGGUGCACUUACGAACUCCCAAAGGACAAAAAUGACAACUCGAACUGGAGGAAGUGCAAGGACUUCUACCGCAUCUCUCAGCACACCGUGAUGUUUCUGAAUGACGACGAUUAUAUGUCUUCCAUAGCACGUGUUGCUCAGUUGCAUAGAACCAAGAGGUACAGGUAUAUCCUCGACUUGGGUCCAUUUCCAGUCUAUGGGUUGGAGAUGCUCAAGUGGAAUGAGGAGGUGCUGAGGGUUUAUUGUUAUGCGGAAACCGAGGAAUUUGGUGACCUUAUAAUGAGGAUUGCUGAGCAGAAUGGAGUAGACCGGGAGAAGAUAUGCAUUGUGGAGAGUUGUGAGGAGAUUGACAGGAGUUUAGAUGUUGUAUUUUAUCAUAAUUUUAGUACUCAGGGAGAGAUCAACGACUGGAGUGAACCGAGUCUCUACCAGGCGUUGAAACUGACUCUGUCGACUGAUGGGUUUAUACUGCCCAGGAGGAUCUUCCUCAUUGGUCAAUUAAUUUAUUCGGAGGAUUUACCCAGAAUGGUACUCGUGGAGGACAAGAAUGUACAAAGGUCCCUGGGGAAGAGCAAUUAUGUCAUCGGGGAUUUCGUUAAUCAGUACUCAUGCAGACAACGAUUCGAUCUUGAUCUGGCACUUUAUAAGGCUGUGGAGGUGAGUGAGGAGAGGGUACUUGUACAGAUUGAUGAGGGGAAUACGACGUCUGCUGUUGCCAACUUUGGAAAGAUUCAGCAACGAGGGGUGCUCCCAAAUGUCUUGGUAUGUUGGUACACAAUUCAUCUGGACGGGGGUAAUUGCGUUGCAUCCAGGAGAGAGAAUUCUUUCAUGAAUCAUUCCGCGAUUAUCCUCGAGGACGAGGUGAAGGGGGUCAUUGAGAGGGGCGAGGAUGUUAGGUUUAAGGUACUGCAGAUGACGGGUCUCACCAGAGUGAGUCUGGUUCUCUGAAUAACGAAUUACCAUGUGAUUUGAUAAUAAAUGUUUUUCAAUAGUUUUUAUAAA